AGGGCACAAUGCAAAAAUCACUUAAAAAUUGGGGCGGGGCAAAGAGCUGUUACGCAAAAGAACUGCUUGCAAAAGUUUCAGCAAAAAGUUUGGGAGACGUGGUGCGUUUUCCUCAUUCCACAGGGGAGGAGUUAAUGCUGGAGCAGGACGAUUUUUUUUCAAACUUCUCUAAAUCUGGAAGAUGGAAGACAUGGAAUUAUUUUCACCAAUAGCAGUUGCAGUCCUGGGAGGCUGUACUAUUUUCUUAUUCCUUCAAUGGAAGGGGUUGCGUAGACCCCCGUGCAUUCAGUGCUGGAUUCCUUGGAUAGGAGCCGGAUUUGACUUUGGGAAAGCCCCUCUAGAAUUUAUAGAAAAAGCAAGAAUCAAGUGCGGACCAGUAUUUACCAUUUGUGCUAUGGGAAAACGGAUGACCUUUGUUACUGAAGAAGAGGGAAUUGACACGUUUCUAAAAUCUAAGAAUGUAGAUUUUGAACAAGCUGUGCAAGAUCCCGUCUAUCAUACAGCAUGGAUUCCAAAGAAUAUCUUUUUUACUCUGCAUGAAAAACUGUAUGUUAUAAUGAAAGGGAAGCUGGGGAUGGCCAACAUUCAUCAAUUUACGGAGCAGCUGGUUGAAGAGUUCCACGAACAAUUGGAAAACUUAGGCAGUCAUGGAACAACGGACUUGAAUGACUUAGUAAGGUAUGUUCUUUAUCCAGUCACAAUCAAUACUCUCUUUAAGAAAGGCUUGUUUUUCACAAAUGAGAAGAAAGUCAAGGAGUUCUACCAGCAUUUUAAAACUUACGACGAGGGUUUUGAGUAUGGAUCCCAACUGCCGGAAUGGUUCUUGAGAAACUGGUCAAAAUCCAAAAGGUGGCUUCUAGCACUGUUUCAGACAAAUGUUCAGGAAAUAAAAACACAUAAAUCUGCAAAGGGUAAUUCUAGGACACUAAUACAGGCUGUGCUGGAUAUUGUAGAGAUGGAAACACAUGAACACAGUCCAAAUUAUGGGCUCGCAAUGCUUUGGGCUUCUCUGGCUAAUGCUGCUCCUAUCACAUUCUGGACACUUGCAUUUAUCCUAUCUCACCCUGAUAUCCACAAGACUAUUCUAGAACGUAUAUCUUCUGUGUUUGGCACAGCAGGUAAAGAUAAGAUGAAAGUAUCUGAGGAGGACUUGAAGCAGCUCCUUUUAAUUAAGUGGUGUAUUCUGGAAGCCAUCCGCUUACGAGCCCCUGGUGUCAUUACAAGAAAAGUAGUGAAGCCAGUUACAAUUUUGAAUUACACGGUUCCUUCUGGCGACCUGUUGAUGCUGUCUCCAUUUUGGCUACAUAGAAAUCCAAAGUAUUUUUCUGAACCUGAGUUGUUCAAACCUGAACGCUGGGAAAAGGCAAAUUUAGAGAAGCAUGCUUUCUUGGAUUGCUUCAUGGCAUUUGGAGGCGGGAAGUUCCAGUGUCCUGGGAGGUGGUUUGCUCUGGCAGAGAUUCAAAUAUGUAUUGUUUUAAUACUUUAUAAAUAUGAAUGCAGUCUUCUGGACCCAUUACCGAAGCAGAGUUGUCUCCAUUUGGUGGGUGUCCCCCAGCCGGAAGGGCAAUGCCGAAUUGAAUACAAAAAAAGGACAUGAUAUCUUCUGGCACUCAAGAGGACUAGAACCUUCUAGAAAAGUGACAUUACCCAUCCAGUAUCCUGGCAGCACACUGACCUGAAGCUAUCCACAUGGCACACGUGUUUGGUAAUUUGAAGACCAAGCAUCUUGUAUCACUCUAAAUAAUCGAGAGAAACCCCAAUUCAUGGUUUAGAGUAGUAUUUAAAUGAUUUAUAUAAAAAAACAUUUUUAAGAAGUUGGAAUUUGGUCUCAUACAUAGUUAUAAUAAAACUCCAAACAAAAAUGCCAUUUGAAUGGAAAUAUUGGUACAUUGAAUUCACUGUGAAUGUAAAUUUCUGCUUUGAAAAGACUGAGGAUUGGGACGUUGAAAAAUCAAGUAAUGAUUCCUAGAACUAGUCCAUUUAAAAAUAUGAUUCUUAGAAUUCUUAGGUUCAUUAAUGUCAAUUAUUGUAGACAUAUCUAGGGGUAAGAAUUAUGAAUAAAAUGGUAGUUUCUUUUUUUAAGACCUGUGAGGACAGGGUCUUGUACUAUAUUCAUUUCUACAUUACAUUAAGCCCAGAGCAGCAUCUUUUCUGUAAGGAAUAGCUAAUCAAUAUAAGUUGACUUGGGUAUUGAUUUGUAUUUUAAUUAAAGCAAAAUAACUCUUUUGAUUCAAAGUGUUUUAAUUAUGAUUUGACAGAGACAAUAUUUUUGCUAAUGUGCAAAAAUACCCAUCUAAUGCUGUGCCAAGAUAAGUAACUGUACUUGAACCUAUUGCUUAAGUCUAGGACGAGGUGAUAUUUUCCAUAAAACCUAUCACAGUCACAAGAAACAUAUGACACUAAUAAUGAAUAAUGACAUCAUCAUUUAUCCUCUGUAUCCCGUAAAAUUCUUCUUUGUCACCUCUGUUUCUUGGUAAUCUUUAUAGUGAACGAUGUCCUCUGGGCUUAUGUACUUCCCUGUCCUGGCAUCAGCUCCUGAGGUUAAGAAUGAUUUAGUUGUCUAUUUCUUAACAAGCACAUGACUCUCUGGGAGAAAAUUAAAUCCUUUGAGAAACAUUAUCUCUUUGAAACCAAUAUAGUGAUUUGAAGCUUAGCUAUUCAGAACUUACCUACUAGACACAAUAGUCUGGAGUCUGAAAGGGCUGAAGAAGGCAAUGUAGAAGUCUACAGUGGCUCAGCCUUGCAACCAUAACAUGGCAGGUUCUGCUAAAUAUGAUAGCUGUAUUCUGAGGGAAGGCAUGUCCUGCAAACAUCUUAGGGCCAAAAUGAAGCACUGUGUCUGCAUAUAACAUUCAUGUGAGCUAAACCACAGUGACCCAAAGUUAUUGUCUAUUUGCUUAUUCUUGCUAUGUAGGAACCAAUGUUAGCUGACCCAUGUCUAUUCACUUUAACACAGAAGAAGAACAAGAGAUCUGUUGGCAUCUGGAAUAAUGAACAGUUAACAGGUGGAGGUCCCAUGUUCCAUUUUAUCUCCCUAGAGUUUUAUAUCAUAUGGAAUAUUCUUAUGUUAACUGCAUUUUCCUGAAGGCAGAAAGAGCCUGUGACUGAUCUGUGUAUAGAUAGUUUAUUUGGGAAGCAGAAGAAAGAUGUCGUAAAGGUGCUAGUUAGCAGGUGAUGUAAUGAAGCAUCAGGGGUUCAACUGGGACCACCUGAGAGGACCUCCAGGCAUUUUCUGUUGAAAGAGUAUGAGGCAGGACUGGUUGACUGACUGGCUUCUACUUUGGAGAUGCUGCACUGCAAUUCUGAGCUACAUUGGAUUCAGCACAUUUACUUGGUCAGAGAAGCCCCAAUGUAGUCAAAAUAAGUUGAGUCUGAGCUUGCAUGGAUUUGCUGAGUCCUCUGAACUGUUGUUGAGCAAGGGGAUAUGAUGUGGAGCAUCAAGGACAUGCAGCACAUUGUGCUCUUGGCACCACUUAGAUCUGCUCCUAUUUCACUUAGCCAAAGCCUACCAUCUUCAAAGUGGCUAGCCACCAAAGACAGAUUAAAUUUGACCUGAACUGCCUUCCAUAUACAUUUUAAGAGAGGCCUAAGGGUUUCUCCACACAUGGUGGACUAUAGAAUUGUUAUCUGCUUUAUGACCUGCUCUUACAAUGUUUAAUAGAGUUCAGCCAAUCAUUAAGUGGCCAAAUGAUGAUGUUCAAAUAAGACAGGUGCAAGUUGUACCCAGUCAGACUCCAUAACCCUUGUUUUCUGCAUGUAGCUUUCUUUUCUUUGGCUACAAAUAUAACCCACUAUGAGGUGGGGUGUAGGAUUCUGCACAUUUUGAGGUGCAGAUUGCUGUCCAACUCUGGAAUUGCAAAUAAAACUAAGUGCUGCAAAAUUAUAUUUGUUGUAAUUUUAUAACAGCUCAUAUAAGGAGAUAAAGGGGCUAAAGAGAAGCUGAUGACUCCCAAGAUUCCUUGAGAAACACAGAAGAGGCUCCUCUGAGCCCCUGGAGGUCCUCUACCUUCCUCCUGGAGUCAGAGGGCUGGUGGAGGUGUUUCUUCUUGGCAGGACUCAGCUGUUUACACUGAGUACUUGAUCUUCUUUUGGCUUUCACUGUUCUGACUUUUGAGUCUGGGUCCCAUUUGCAUCAUGAAGAGACUCUUUUACCAUUGGAAGUCCCAACAGAAACUGGAGUGGUUUCAAGAUUGCAUUGGGUUCAAUAUGAAAUUGGAUUGGAUCCAAUUGGAGGUCUCAGAUAUCUAACUGGAUAAGACAAACUGGCAGUAAGUAAAACUUACUGUUGCAGGAGAUGAAAACCAUGGCUUUCAGAAUUAGCAGGCACUUAGUGCUCUAGUCUCUUUUAUUUACUUACACACUUAGGUGUAAGACAAACUUUUGAACACCUGACAAAUCAAGAAUGUGAAAUCAGAACUAUAAGAUCUGCAUCUGUCUGUCUGGGCUGUGUACCUUCAUAAAUGGGACAUGUAAGUUGGCAUAUUAAUAUACCCAGAAGGACUCUAUUCAGCUGACUUAAUAAAAUAAAACUUAAAUGUUUGAUUGUAGUUAUUAAAAACAAACUUCUAAAUAAAAUCUGGAUGUAUUACUUCAACCACC